GCCAGAGCCACUGGGACUUUUGCUCUGCGGGGGUUUUCAGUCGUCUGAAGAUUCAUUGCAAAAAAGGAGAAUCUUCUUUAUCUUAAAUAACUUGUUUUCAUAAAUUCUCCCCUUUUUCUUGGCUGGUCAUGUCACGAUUCGGAGGAAAGAAGGGCAAGAAGCUUCCCGGUGCAGAGUUCACCUGGGAUGGGGAUGCAGGCGGGGAACCAGACACAGCGCCUACACCCCUCUUUCCUAAACACACCGUCCCUCACGCGAGACUGUUAAAACCCCAAGAACAAAUACAGGUCGACUACUAUCGAGAUCUUCGGGAAAGAUACCAUGAGGGCCCGUACUACUCUGUCCUAAAUGCCGCCUCUUCUGCCGCGAAGAAGGGAAGCGCUGCCCGUGCGCAUUUCGAUCCUUUCAACGGCAUGCCUACGUACUCGGGCAAGUAUCAGAAGAAGAGAAGGACAAUUCCUAAGAUCCAGGGUCGGGAAUAUGUCAUGAAACUAUUCCCGCGCGAGCUAUGGAAGACUCUUCAACCCAGCUUUAACCCCGAUGCAGCUAUGGAUGGUUAUGCUCCCCAGGCGACACGAAUUGGGGCGAAGCGAGGCUUUGAAGAUGAUGAGGAUGAGGAAGAUGAUGCCAAGCGUCAGAAGGGAGGACAAGACGAAGAGGAUGCAGAGAGAGAAGAAAAUGAGGAGGAGAUCCUUGAUCAGGAUGAGGAACAAGAAGAGGAAAUUAUGGAUGACGAUUUCUCCGAGGAUGAUGAUGAUAUGGGUGGUGACUACAACGCUGAGCAAUACUUUGACGGUGGUGAUGAUGAAUACGGUGACGAUGGAUUUGGAGAUGGCGGAGGCGGUGGUGGUGAUGAGGAGACCUUUUAAAAAGCAUUUGCUUGAGAUACCCCUUACUAUUGUGUUCUACUUGUAUAAAAUUUGUGCAGAUAUAUGAGCCAUUGCUAGCAUAGCCUGCUUGUUCUACAAUCUACAUCACUGCUUGGACUGCGAUUCAAGCAGUCAUCUUCUGGUAU